CGAAACUACCUACACUUCCUUUCAACUCCGUUUGGUCAUCGCGGGGUACCAUCCAGGUGCUCAGAUAUAAAUUCAUAAACCCAUCUGUCCAUCAUUUUUCCUGAAUAUGUUUGUCCUUCGAAAUGUUGGCAAACUGAUUUUUGGCGAUACCUCUAAAGAAUCUAUGAUCGAGCUUCCGCAAGGCCAACUCUAUCUCGUUCGUCCACUUUCGCCCAAAGGCUACUCGGAGCUUAUUUUCAAAGACGCUGCGGCUAGGAUUCGAAAGACCGGUCAGGAUUUCCAAUACCAACUUGUCAUACAGCGUGUGUACGAAGAAGGCGAAGAGGAACUACUGGAUAGUGAAGACGCUGAAGACGCAGAUACGGCUGCCUUGGCUGCGGAACGAGACGAGAAGACCUUUCUGCUUGACGAAAGCUUGCAUUUCAGGUCCGAGAUUCGAGAGGGUGCUGAGAAGGUUCUGGCUUGGAGAGAUUUAAGUGGUGACGCCGGUGACCUCUACGAAUUCGUUUGCGACAACUCGAUCGACGCCGCCCAGGUACACGCCUUUGAAGUAACAGCGGUGAACUGCCAAUACGAGAGGAAAUACCGAAAGAAUCAUCAAAACGCAACCGAACAAGAGCUUUCUCAGUUUAUCUUCGAUAGCGAGCAACCUAUACCAAGUGCGAGUCCGAGACACAGCCCUACCGUACAAUCGCCGGUCACGAUGCCUUCGGUAGCAUCAUCAUCCGCGCUCCGAAAUUCCGCGAAUUCAUCACUGAAGAGGGAAAGAACGCCGACGAAGUCUUCUUAUUCUUCUCAGCAGACUUCCCAGAGAGAUGAGACUCCUACGGAAGCACCUGAAGUUGCUAUACACCCACAGGCACUGUCGAUUCUCGCGGUGGAGACCGCGGAGCUUCAUCUUUUCGAUUUUCAAUCAGGCUCUUUCAUCAUCCAAGACCCCGCGGUCAAGGCGACGGUGUCCGAGGUGGGUAAAUGGCAAUAUUGGCUUCAAAUUACUGGCAAGGAUAGGGAUUGGCUUGGGCAAGAAGUGGUUGCAGACAUCAAUCCAGUUUUUAACUUCGAAUUUCUCUCGUUCAUAUUCAAUGCCUAUACUCCCGAUGGCCAAGCUUACUCCUGGCUUCUCCGUUUCAAGGAUCAAGAGACAAUCGUACGAUUCCAGGAGGGUCUCAUGCAAGCUCUAUGGGAACAGCUGAACGAGAUCAAAUGGAGCAAGAACAAGGAAGAUGAGCGUGAAUAUGUCUUGGAGGCCUUCCAGGAUCUUACGAUGGAAGACUCACCGCAGGAGGCGGAUGAGGAGGAGGAGGAGGAAGAGCCUGAAGAAGUGGAAGAUGAUGGUCAAAGAAGUGAGCACUACGACAGUGACGAAGAGGAAGACGAUGUAGUGACCAGGGAUGACGAUGGAAAUGUCAACUCGCAACUCGCAGUUGGUUACAAACACGAUCGAUCUUUUGUCGUUCGUGGAUCUAAGAUUGGGGUUUUCAAGCACACUCCUAAUAACAACCUUGAAUUCUCGACAAACAUAUCUAAGGUCGAAACACCAAAAGGCAAACUAUUCAGUCCGAAGAAGGUCAUGCUUCAUGCCGAGGACACCAAUAUGAUCUUGCAGAACGAGGCCGACCCGAACUCUCUGUAUCGCAUGGAUCUUGAAUAUGGCAAGAUUGUGGACGAAUGGAAAGUUCACGACGAUAUCCCAGUCAAUACGUUUGCCCCUGAAAGCAAAUUUGCUCAGAUGACAGGAGAGCAAACGUUCCUCGGUUUGUCACGCAACGCUCUCUACCGUAUUGAUCCACGCCUCGCAGGCAACAAGCUUGUGGACUCGGAGCUAAAGCAAUAUGUCUCGAAAAACGACUUCUCAGCCGCCGCAACGACCGAAAAAGGUUACAUUGCAGUUGCUAGCAAUAAAGGCGAUAUUCGCAUGUUUGACCGUCUCGGUAUCAAUGCCAAAACUCAUAUUCCCGCUCUUGGUGAGCCGAUUAUAGGCCUUGAUGUUAGCGCUGAUGGUCGUUGGGUUCUCGCUACUUGCCGCACAUACCUGCUGCUGAUCGAUGCGAUGCAAAAAGAGGGCAAGAACGAGGGCAAACUUGGCUUUGAAAAAUCCUUCGGAAAAGACUCGAAACCCCAACCUCGCCGCCUGGGUCUCACUCCUUCCCACGUUGCUCAAUUCCAACAUGAGACAGGAUCACCAUUGUCUUUCACACCCGCACGAUUCAACACCGGAGAAGGUUUGUCGGAAACUUCGAUCAUUACAGCUACCGGUCCUUUUAUUGUGACUUGGAACAUGAAGAAGGUGCUCAGAGGUAGCAAGGAUCCAUACAGUAUCAAGCGCUAUGCGGAGGAGGUAAAAGCUGAUAACUUCAAGUACGGAAGCGACAAGAACGUUAUCGUUGCCUUACCUAACGAGGUGAAUAUGGUGGCGAAACAAUCCUUCAAGAGACCUACAAGGGAGAGUAUCGCUACACCAGUUAGAAUUGGAGGUAGUAGCCUUGGAGGCAGGAGGAGUGAGGCUGGGAGAAUUGGGACAAGGGAAAGCGCAAGAUACAAGCUGGGGAAGGAGGAUGUCGUCAAUUCUCCUUACUGA